GCCCGGCAGCAAAAUCCCGGGAGGUCGGAACGCUGAAAGGCAGCCAAGGUCCUGUCAUUGGGGCCGAUGGACGGAGACAGCCCGGUGUGGAUGAGGGCAGGGAGAAUCCUGCUGGCAGCUCCGGAACAGCGGCGCCGAGGGCACGGGCAGGAAGGAGGAGCCGCGGCUCCCCGGGAGCUGUCGGAGGAGAGAGUCCUGGCACCGCUUGGUUUGCUCUUCCCAAAUUUUUCUGCGGAACUCGAAUCCUGGGACCGAAGGCUGAGGAAWCUUGUCACAGACAGACUGAUGGCCAGGAUGGGAGAUGGUUCCUGCAGCGGGGGACACUCUGGAUGGGUGUGAYGGGGCCUGACCCUGCCCUGCAGCUGGAACAUCUGCAGUGGGAGAGCAGCUCCUGCCAGCCGGGACCCGGCGCCUGGCUGGGCACCCACUGGCUUUGCUGAAGACAAUCCUGGUGCUGAGCAGGCUGCGCUGGUCUAGGCAAGGAGCUGCGCAACCAUGAGCGCGGGCUCGAUUGAGCAGGAGCCGUCGCGCAAGCUGGGCUGCUGCGGGGUGCCCCUCAUCACCGAGGACAUGCAGUCGCUGGCCAUCCGCACGCUCUCGGGCACCGACAUCACCAAGCACUAUGACCUCAUCCGCGAGCUCGGCAAGGGCACCUACGGCAAGGUGGACCUGGUGUCCCACAAAAGCACAGGCACCAAGAUGGCCCUGAAAUUCGUCAACAAGAGCAAGACGAAGCUGAAGAACUUCCUGCGGGAGUUCAGCAUCACCAACACGCUCUCCUCCAGCCCCUUCAUCAUCAAGGUCUUUGACGUGGUCUUCGAGACCGAGGACUGCUACGUCUUCGCUCAGGAGUACGCCCCUGGUGGGGACCUCUUYGACAUCAUCCCCCCGCAGGUGGGGCUCCCCGAGGAGCUGGUGAAGCGCUGCGUGCAGCAGCUGGGCCUGGCCCUCGACUACAUGCACAGCAAGAGCCUGGUGCACCGGGACAUCAAACCGGAGAAYGUGCUGCUCUUCGACCGCGACUGCCGCCGCGUCAAACUGGCCGACUUCGGCAUGACCCGCAAGGUGGGCUGCCGGGUCAAGCGCAUCAGCGGCACCAUCCCCUACACGGCGCCCGAGGUGUGCCAGGCCGGCCGGGCCGAGGGCUUCGCCGUGGACACCAGCAUCGACGUCUGGGCUUUCGGGGUGCUCAUCUUCUGCGUCCUCACCGGGAACUUCCCCUGGGAGGCGGCGGUGGCGUCCGACGCCUUCUUCGAGGAGUUUGUGCGGUGGCAGAAGGGGCGGCUGGCGGGGCUGCCCUCGCAGUGGCGGCGCUUCACGGACGGCGCCCUGCGCAUGUUCCAGCGUCUGCUGGCCCUCGACCCCGAGAAGCGCUGCCCCGUCAAGGAGGUUUUCUACUUCAUCAAGUGYGACCUCAUGGCCGAGGUGCGGUGCCGGCCCUCCUACCGCUCCCGCAAGCACGCCAGGGACAAGCUCCCGGCCGGCCCCCACUGCCACGAGGCCGCYGGCUCCUGCACCCCCGCCCCGCUCAAGAGGACCGUCCUGACCGAGGGGAGCGGAACGCGYGGCCCUGAGCCUGGCGCGGCCGCCCCGGGCACGGCGAGCAGGACAGACGGACGGCAGGACAAGGGCAAGGGGCAGAUGGUCCUGGCCACAGCAAUAGAGAUCUGCGUGUGACGGCCGCACGACCCGCCCCGUCCCCCCGCCCAGGGACAGGGAUUGGGGAGCUCAGCGUGGUGGUGGCACCAGCCAGGACCGGGCUCUGGGUCUCCCAAAGCAAACAAAAAGGAAAAGAAACACAAUCGAAGAGGAAAAGGACAGAACUGGUUGUGCUCCGUAGAGCUGAGGAUGCCGAUCCCUCUGUCCCGCCUGGGCGAGGCCGGUGGCCGGAGCUUGGCCGAGGGCACCGCUCACUGCCCGGGUGGAUGGGGACACCCACGGCCCUGCCAAGGCUGUGCUGCCCCCUCUGAGGCUGCCCCAGGGUGGCACGGGGAGGGCUCCUCCAGCACGGAGAGGAAGAGUCAGGGGGCAGUGGGUAGCGAGUGACCCACUGGCUCUGCCCCCACCCUGUGCUUGACCCUUGUGUGGGGAGUGGAAAGGCCGAUGACCCUGCACCGUGGAGGAGGCCUUUGGGGAGGUUGGGGUGGGUGGUGAUUUGCCCUCUUCCAUUGGUCCCUGCCCCGUUGCUGGGACCGGGACGGGGUGGGGAGAUGGGCUCCGGGCUGGUGAUGGGGAACCGGGGGGGUCACCGGCAGCCCCGGACCCCCGGCAGCCCCGGCUGCCUCCCUGCCAUGGGAGGCGCUGGCAGCCAUCGAUGUAGCAAGUGUCCCUGUCUGUGUGUCCUUGUGUGUCCCAGCCACCGCCGCCGGCAGCCCCGGUCCCCGUGCCCCGCCGAGGGGUGGGGAUGGGUCCCCCUGGCCGGAGCGGCGGGUGCCCGGGGCCGGGCUGGCCGUGCUGGUGUCCCCGUGUCCCCUGUGCAGACUCUUCGUACCCAGGGACUGGAGGAGGCGGCGGCGGCGCACCCAGGCCGGCCCGCACACCCCGGCAGCAGGGGACGGGGUCCCAGUGGCCUCCCGCGGGCUCGCCCAUUUGCCCGUGCUGUCCCCAUCACCCCUCCUUGCUGUCACCCCUUCCCCAAACCUGUCACCCUCCCCCGGGGCUGGCAGGGAAGAGGCAGCGGGGUAGACCCCGCCGGGGCUGGCUGCAGCGAGGCGGGGUGCGGUGGCAGCAGCCGCCGGUGUYCCCUUAGUGACGCGCUCCUGUGGAGGUCACACCGUCCCUCCCCGAUCUGGGCACCCAGCGGAGCGGGGGCUCGCCCCACCGCCGGCGUGGGGAGGCUGUGGGGGCACCCCAAGGCAGGAGCACCCUGCUGCGGUUCGGGCUUCCCUCCCACGGGGCGGGUGCCGCGGAGCCGCCGCGGCGCCCCAAUCCCCCACUAAGGGCUAUAACGCUUUCCAGCAGCAGCAGCAGCAGCAGUUUACAGAGCAGGGGCCGCCCCCGCCCCCGCCGCGCCCCCGCCCCCGGCACCCCCCGGGCCCGGCGUUAGACGUAGCAUUGCCCCGAGUAGAGAGCUAGGCACCGGUUUUACUCCUUCUUGCCUUAGGUCCCUCGAUGUCCUCGAUCUUUCGUGCAAUAAUGUAGAUAAGGGAUCCCGGCCGCCCCGGGAGGGCUCGGUGGCACCUCUCCGGGAGGGCUCGGUGGCACCUCCCCGGGGUGUGUCCCAGGGGGUGCCAGGUGUGAUUUCUGUCCCCGUCGAGGUCGCUGUGUCCGUAGGUUGUCGGGUUUUUAUUUCCAGUUCCCUCAGCUGUCGGGUUUCGGACCUUCUUCCCAUAGGAGAGGCUGUAGUGUCACAGACGUUACCUCAGUUUGUCACUGUUGAAAAUGAUUUAAAAAAAAAACACAACUGAAACCAUAAAAAAUGACAAAAUACAUAGUUAUAAAAGCAACAAAAAAUUUCUCAAUGGCGGUGAAGACU